AUGCAAAAAGAAGAUACAGUUCUGAAAGGAGUACUUGCUGGUUGUGAAGAUAAUAUUCAACACAGUGAAAAGCUGCAGCAGACGGCAAUGACAUCAAAAUCCUUGAAAACCAGAUCUAUGAAGAUAGAUUUCCUUUUGCAUAGGGCCCUUUUUGGUUGGGUCAAUAAACUUGACUCAUCAGUAUGGGGGUCUGAGAGUUCCAUGAGAGCCUCCAAUGAUUGUUCUUCAGUUUUGAAUACUUGUAUAGAGUCAAAAGUGGUUCCUGAUGAGUCCACAAGCCGACCUGUGGUGAGUCUCCCUGAUCUGGUUCCGGAUGCUCUUUUCAUACAAUCUGCUACCUACAUCCAGAGAGUGCCUUUGUACAGUCUUUUGUGUGCAGCUGAGGAGAACUGUCUGGCCAGAUCGGCCUACUCACCAGAUGUUUCUGAUGUAAGUUUCCGAGUUCUACUACGCUUCCCUCAAAGAGUUAAAAAUCGUGGGACAGCAGACUUCUUACCAGUGAAACCAAGGCAGACAUGGGAAUGGCACAGCUGCCACCAACAUUAUCACAGUAUGGACUCAUUCAGUCAUUAUGACCUCCUGGAUGCUGUGUCCCAUCGGAAGGUUGCAGAAGGUCACAAGGCCAGCUUCUGUUUAGAAGACACCACAUGUGAUCCUGGAGUGAGACGGCGAUAUGCCUGCACAGCACACACCCAGGGGCUGAGCCCAGGAUGCUAUGACACAUAUCAUGCCAAUAUUGAUUGUCAGUGGAUUGAUAUCACAGAUGUUCCCCCAGGGAAGUAUAUUCUUAAGGUUUCUGUGAACCCCAAUUUCCAAGUCAUGGAGUCUGAUUUCACCAAUAAUGCAGUGCGAUGUGACCUGACAUAUGCUGGAAGUCAUGUGAUAACUCGUAACUGCCGGCUGUCCAGGUAA